UCAAAGCCUAUUUUGUUGGUGUUCGAAUGAGAAAUCUACUUAGAAAGGAUUUUAGUGCACUGCCUACGUACUUCUGAUUUCACUUUCACUGUUAUUUUCUGGACUUCGUCCUUAAGCUGGUUGUAGCCUAUUUAUGAAAACUGACGUCGUGUGUAAUCGGGUUUUACUUUAAAAGACACUGAGAAAGAGAGAGAGAGAGAUAGAUUCUCUUUUCUUUUUUUCGAAUACUUUUCUGUCUGACCUGAAACUUUGUGUGAAUUGCGCAGCUGUAGGCUAAAUUGGCAACUGCAGAUACAGAAACUUAAUCGCCAACAGCCCCUACAUGUAAUCCAUCCGCCCCUGGGAGAUCUUUAAAAUCGGCCUUAGUCCAAUUAGCUCGCGACCACAAGCAGAAAUAAAACCAACUGGAUUUUUUUAUUUAUUAAUUUAUUUUUUACUUAAUGGUUUCAUUUUGCUUUGUUUUGCCGUCCUGCGCAUGCCAAAUUUUAAAUGUUGUGCGAUGUUUUGAAAUAUAAAAACUCACAAGGUGUCAAGGGGACACUUGACUUUUCCCAAAGCAGAAUCGAAAAGCAGUGGUCUCUUUUUCAUUUUAACUUUGAAGCAUUCAACAUAUUUUGACACCUGUCUUGUUCAGAAAGGCUGCCUUCUUGCUCCGGUUUUCUCCUUUAAAAAAGUUUUAAAAAAGAGACUAUUUUGACAGUAGUUCCCAGGCUCAGUCUUGGCAGCUAUUGUUCCCUGGAGCCGCCACGCGCAGAUCGAUGCCAGCUGUCACUGCUCGCUUUGGAACAGCAGAUCUCGUGCCCUCGUGACUACCCGCGUGCGCGUGGGAGCGGUGCACUCGAGAGGAUAAUUCCGCUGGGUGUAAGGCCCAUUGGCGAAACCCGGAGGUACGACUGUCAACUCCGAGUGUGCUUAGUUUACGGACUUCUAAUAUAAGCUUUUGCGUAAAUUGCACGCUUAUUUCUGGUCACACCUAGACAUUUAUCCUAGCUGGUGUCGCCAGGGAGCACCUACAUUAGACUACCCAAUAUUUUUUUGAAAGUAUCUAAGGGCAACAAGCUACACUUCAUGUGUUUUUAAGUAGACCCAUGGCCAAGUGGCUGAAAGAUUAUCUGAGUUUCGGAAGCCGGCGAGCACCCCCUCAACCACCCAAACCGGACUACACCGAGAGCGAGAUACUCAAAGCGUACCGCAUUCAGAAGAGCUUGGACUUCGAAGAUCCGUAUGAGAACUCGGAGAAUCGGAACGGCUCCGUGAUGUCGGACGUGACGUUUGGCUCGCCGCUCAAGUCCGGCAUUCUGGACCUGAAGUCGCCCAAACAUCGGCUCAUCAAAGUGGAGUCUCAGGAUUUGGGACGCAAUAAAAUCCUCCUCAGCUCGGUGGUGUCCUUUGAGGAAACGGACCCCGUGGUUCCCUCCGCCCCUCCGGACGCGGGCGACCUGGACUACUCCGACCCGUUCGACGCCCGGCCGGACCCCCGCCCCGCGCCCGAGCCGGCGCCGGCGCCCCCGGGGAGCAACGGCUACAUGGAGCCGUACGAGGCGCAGAGGCUGCUGACGCAGCUGCAGCGGGGUUCAGGGUGUGGCCGGUCGAGGGGCGGAGUCCAGCUGUACGACACCCCGUACGAGGAGCGGGCGCGGGGGCGUGGCCGGGGGGUGCAGGAGGACGACGGACAGGAGAGCCGGCUGCCCCAGGACGACGAGCGGCCGGCGGACGAGUACGACCAGCCCUGGGAGUGGAAGAAGGAGCACAUCUCCAAGGCCCUGGCAGGUAGACACGCCCACCGCCACACCCACAUCUCCAAGGCCCUGGCAGGUAGACACGCCCACCGCCACACCCACAUCUACAGGGACACGCCCACCGACACGCCCACAUCUCCAAGGCCCUGGCAGAUAUGGAUUUUGCCCUCUGUUUCCUCCUCUUAUUUUCCCUCUCUGUCUCUCUCACUCUCUCUCUCUUGCUGUCCUUCUCUGUCCCUCUCUCUCCCUCCCUCUCUCUCUCCCCCUCUCCUUCUCUCCCUCAGGAGCUGCCAGGGCUUCAUGCACAUGAAGUUCUCAGUCUCACGGGAGGGGAAGUACAUCCUGGGUCAGAACAGCCCGCCCUUCGACACCAUCCCAGAGGUCAUCCACUUCUACACCACCCACAAGCUGCCAAUCAGAGGGGCCGAGCACCUCUCCCUGCUCUUCCCCGUGGUGGUACAGACCCUCUGAUUGGACCUGGACUUGGCUCACCUCCUGUGUAAUGGGGGUUUUGAUUGGAUGUCGGUUUGAUUGACGUGGAUGGAGGAGGAGGAGGAGGAUGAGCUUUUUAUUUUGUUUUUUUGUGUGGUUGUGCACACGCUUUUUUCACCACUUCCUGGACGUUUGUGUCUGCACUCCUCUCUCUCUCUUAGACACUGUACUCAGAUUGGCUUGUGGGUCUUCACUGGACACUGAAACGACUUCUUAUUGGACACACAUUUAUCUUACCUGGUCUGCCCCUUUUUUUUUUUUUUUCCUGUCCUCUGAUUGGACAGUGAUCACAACCUAUCGUUCUACUGGGCAAGGAGAAGACUCUUGAACUAACUGACACUUAACUGAAGCUGCACCAUGGCAACCAUGACUGUUACAUUUGAAAACCUCUGGAGGGGGGAAAAAAAAAUAAUUCUUUGCUAUUGGUCUGUUCCGUUUGAUUCUUUUGCUGCUUUAUCUGUCAUGACCGACCAAUCGCAUCUCUCCUAAUGAGCCAAAGUAGAUUCUUACUGGUCCCUUUCACAGGAAGCAAAAAGAGAGAAUUUUCAGUGGCCUGGGGCUUUUUGGAGCUAUGGACGUAUCUGUCGUACCACACGUUAGCACGUUAGCUCGGACGCUACGUUCCCUGUUUGGACUGCUCUGUGUACCACAGGGCUUUGUACCUGGAGAGUACCAGGUCCAAGCAAAACAAGAUUCCCGAAUUCCUGAAAUCAUCAGCUCUCACCAAAGUUGUUUUCGACCGUAAGCAUCGUUAUGGCCGAUAGCACUAUCGCUGUCAUUCAUGGUGAUGAUGACGGCUGGAGUAGAGACAGGUUGGAGUUCUUUUAACUUUUCACUCGGAAAAUAAAAAUAAAAGGGUUUACUGUGUUCUUUC